AUGAUGAUGGUGACGGUGGUGCUUCUCUUCCUCGGAUCAAUGCGUCUGACUUACAUCAUAUUCUACACCAAAACCAACACCUCCAACAAUCUGCACCUUCCACCCAGCCCUCCAAGCCUCCCUCUCCUAGGCCACCUCCACCUCCUCUCCCCAUCCCUCCACACCUCCCUCCACGCCCUCUCCUCCACCCACGGCCCCCUCCUCCUCCUCCGCCUCGGCCCCUCCCGCCGUCUCCUCCUCGUCUCUUCCGCCGCGGUUGCCGCCGACAUCUUCAAGACCCACGACCUCGCCUUCUCCUCCCGCCCAGCCUUCGCCUUCGCCGACAAGCUCCCCUUUGGAGGCGCCGGCUUCAUCACCGCCCCCUAUGGCCCCUACUGGCGCUUCGUGAAGAAACUCUGCGUGACCUCACUCCUCUCCGCGCGGCAAUUGGAACGAUCUAAGAAGGUGAGAAAGGAAGAGAUAGAAGGUUCGGUGGGAAGGCUGCUGGAGAAUGCAAGAGAGAAGGGUGGUGCGAUCGAUUUGGGGUCUGAAUUCAUGAAACUCACCAACAACGUUACUUGCAGGAUGGCCAUGAGUACUAGUUGUUCGGAGAAAUGCGAGGAUGCAGAGAGGAUAAGGAAGCUGGUGAAGGAAUCCUUCGAGCUUGCGGCAAAGUUAUGCUUUGGGGAUGUGUUGGGUCCUCUGAAGCAGUUGAGUUUCUGGGUGUAUGGGAAAAAGGCUUUGGAUGUGAGCACAAGGUACGAUGAGUUGUUGGAGAAGGUGCUGAAGGAGCACGAGCACAAAGCAUUAUCACGUGCCAAUGGACAUCAUAGUGAUGAAGAAAGUGAAAUGGAUUUGAUGGACAUUCUGCUACAAGUUUACCAUGAUGCUCAUGCAGAGUUCAAGAUCACAAGGACUCAAAUUAAAGCCUUCUUUUUGGUAAGUUUUAUAAGUUAA